AUGGGUUGUAAUGCUAAAAUAGUCAUUAAGUUGAAUAAAUCUAAUGGUAAGUAUUGGGUUAGCCAUUUUAUGGACAACCACAAUCAUCCUCUUGUAAGACAAGAAUGCACUCAGAUGUUACUGCCUCAUAGAAGAAUAUCUGCUUCACAAGCUACUGAACAUGGUAGCAGAGCAGCGAUCUUGGAAUUGCUGGCUCUAGUUUCACAACCCCGCCACCGCUAUGGGGCUAGCUCAGCUCCUACAGAUGCAGACUUUGGCCCUGAAUCUAAUCCUGAAUCAGGAUCCUUUUUUGACGACCCCGACCCUGACCACGACUAUGACGACGACGACGACCUCGACUCUGACUCCGACUCCGACAACGACCUCGACCCCCACUCCGAUGAUGACUCCGACCCCGACCCCAAAUUUGUCUUUGAUUCAGACCCCGAUCCCGACUUCGACUCCGACUCCGACCCCAUUAUGACUUCUCAACUAACGACCCCGACACAUGGACCAGAUUGCGAAUAUUGUGGUGAUCCAAGACACACUCGUGAGACUUGUUUUAAAUUGCAUGGCUAUCCUGAUUGGUGGGCUACUCUUAAAGAUCGAGGACAACGCAAUACGACCAGUAAUGGUACUGGUUAUGGAUUCCAUACUUCCACUAAGAUUGAUUCCAGGAGUUGGAUAAUUGAUUCCGGUGCAACUGAUCAUAUGACGUUUGAUCCUGAUGAUUUUCUGAAUACUACACAACCUCGACGAACCUGUAUUGCAAAUGCCAAUGGUGUUACUUAUCCUAUGACAGGGGCUGACACUGUUGCACUCUCAUCAUCUCUCACACUGUCUAAUACUUUACUUGUUCCAUCUUUAUCCACUAAAUUGUUGUCCGUUAGUCAGCUUACUGAACAAUUGAAUUGUUGUGUACUCAUUUACCCGAGUUUUUGUUUGCUUCAAAAUAUUCACACUAAGGAGAUUCUUGGUCGUGGUACUAAGAGAGAGGGGCUAUAUUAUGUCGAUGACUUCAGUCCUGGCAUGGCUAACAGUGUGACGCAUCCCUUUGAUAGCAAACAAAAGCAAAUCUGGUUGUGGCACUGUCGAUUGGGACAUCCGUCUUUUAGUUAUAUGAAGCAUCUUAUACCAGAUUUAUUCUCAGGUUUCAAGGACUCCGACUUCACAUGUGAUACUUGUAUUUUGGCCAAGAGUCACCGUGUGCCCGACCCGUUGAGUACGAACAAGUGUACUACUCCAUUUACGUUAAUUCACUCUGAUGUCUGGGGACCUUCACUUAUCACUGCUCCUUCUGGUGUUCGAUGGUUUGUCACGUUCAUAGAUGAUUGUACACGGAUGACAUGGCUUUAUUUGCUGAAGAAUAAAAACGAAGUGUUUUCCCGGUUUCAGUCCUUCCACAAACAGAUGAAAACUCAGUUUAAUGCUCAAAUUCAGAUUCUUCGCUCCGAAAAUGGUGGAGAAUUUGUCAAUCAUGACUUUCAGACUUACUUCCAACAACAUGGAAUUAUCCAUGAGACGACUUGUCCUCAGACAUCGCAACAAAAUGUUCACGUAAUCAACCGCAUGCCUUAUGGUGUAUUGACCUUUAAAACUCCCUUACAGGUGCUUGCGCAACAUAGACCUCUGCCCUCUGUUUUGGUACUCCUACCCCCAAUCUUUGGAUGUGUGGCUUUCGUUCAUCUCCACAAAAAUCAACGUAGCAAACUUGAUCCCUGUGCGCUUUGUUGUGUUUUUGUGGGUUAUGCCACUCAUCAGAAAGGUUACCGUUGUUAUCACCCUCCUACCCGACGUACCUAUGUCACUUUAGAUGUGACCUUUCUGGAAUCUGAGCUGUUCUUCCAUGACCCAUCAUCCAAUUCUACGCUUCAGGGGGAGAUACGAAGUGAAGAGCAGAAUUGGAGCAACUUGGAAAACGAAGAAAUUCUCCUAUGUACAGAAAUGAUUGAUCAUCCCGAGUCUGGAGCACAAGAUUACUCUAUGCCAAAAAGUGACCAAUCGCCCAUUCAUAGCGAUCAAUUACCUGACCCACCUGAUCCAUACGAAGAUAUUUCUGAUCCGAGUCUCACACCUACAGACAAUACAGAACAACAAGAUGAAGAUCCCCCUCUAACUCAACAGUACCAACAGACCAAUCUCCUGAGAAUAUCCUUGAGAUGGGUGUUUACUAUAAAACACAAUGCAGAUGGAUCUAUCGAGCGAUACAAGGCAAGACUUGUGGCAAAAGGGUACAAACAGACCUAUGGUAUAGACUAUGAAGAAACCUUUGCUCCAGUUGCAAAGUUAAACACCGUCAGAGUCUUAUUGUCCCUUGCAGCUAAUUUGGAUUGGCCACUACACCAGUUUGAUGUAAAGAAUGCUUUUCUACAUAGCGAACUCAUGGAGGAGGUGUACAUGGACAUUCUUCCUGGUUAUAAUACUACUCAGACUGGAACAGUUUGCAGGUUACGAAAAGCAUUGUAUGGGUUGAAACAGUCACCACGUGCAUGGUUUGGACGGUUCACCAUGGCAAUGAAGAACAAUGGUUUCAAACAGUGCAACUCCGAUCAUACUCUGUUCUUGAAACAUAGGAAAGGGAAGGAAAUAUCACAACUACAAGACUAUCUGGCUACAGAGUUUGAAAUGAAAGAUCUAGGUGGACUCAAGUAUUUCUUGGGAAUUGAGGUGGCUCGAUCGCAGUAA